AAUCUAAUGACAAUAUGGCUCUAGGUCAUAAUGAUUUAAACUUAAUUAGUUUUAGUCUCAUUGCAUGUAACUAAAACUCGUGUUAAAAAAAAAGUCUUUUUUCAAUAACCUUCAGUUUCGAACCAAAAUCAUGCUUUGUUGGACAAAACAAUAGUUCUAGAUUUUGCGUAUAAAAGUAUCACCAUUCUUCGAAUUGAAAUUAAAUUCAAUUGUGUGCUUUUACAUUACAAAAGUUGUUCUAUACCAAGUCGAAGUUUACAAUGUUGAACAAGGCUUUAUUUGUUGCCAUAUCCGUGUUGUGUUUUAACGUGUCCCUAGCCGAGUUUAACUGUUCCGAUCCUCCAAUUUUUCCUAAAUAUGACAUUGGUAAAUGUUGUCGGGUACCACACAUCGAUUUAGGAUCUGCACCACAAAAAUGUAUUAAAGAAAUCGAUGCUAUCAAAACUCUUGCCGAUUUGCCAGCUUUUGCUCAUGUGUGCUAUCCUGAAUGCAUUUAUCGUUAUUCCGGAGUACUUCAAAAUGGUGAAGUUGAAAUGGAAAGUGUACAGAAAUUCCUUCGAAAUAGUGUUCAUGGUGGUGAUCAGGAUAUUGUACCAGUAAUAAUGAAUUCAUUUGAAAGUUGUAUGAAAAAUAUUAGAGAACAAAUGAAUGCAAUUAAAGUGAAAAUGUAUGCCAAAUUACCUGAUGGUUGUAGUCCAUAUUCGAGCAUGAUUUGGGGAUGUGUCAAUACCGAUACAUUUAUAAAUUGUCCCGAAAAAAUGUGGAAAAAUGAAAAAGAAUGUAAUUUGGUGAAGAAUUUUGUAAAACAAUGUAAUCCAUUGCCUCAUGUUCCUUUACCGGCUUAUUAGAGUUUUAUUUAAUUUGCCAUAAUA